AUGGAUAUUGUCAUAGAUGGUAAGUCCAUUAAAACUAUUUUUUAACUGUUUAUCUACCCUACUUUGUCCUUUAAUACAAUGGGUUACUGCAUUUUAAAUAAUUGUUACAAUUUUAGGUAUAAAUUUUCAAAAUUUGUCAGCCUUCAGCCAAUGGAAAAUCCACCAAUUUACCGAAAAUUUAACAUUAAUUCAGUACAUUGGCAACAUAUUACACUUGUUUGUCAAUCUGUACUUCAACUAUGGCAUUUGGAAGACUUCUCUCAUGCAUCCUAACAUGAAAAUCCUCGUCGUAAGUGGUUUUGUUUAGAAAUUUGAAAUAGUAUAAGUCUCACUAUUAAUAGUACUAAGUAUUAGUAAGAAAGAGGUCAAGAAGCACAGUAGGACCACGAAGUGGUCAUAUAAAGUAAGUUAAGGUAGGGUCAGCAAAAGGCUCGUGUAGGGGAAUAAGUUGAGGGUUUUCGGAUCGCGCAGGCUGCGCUGAUCAUCUUAUAAGAUAAAACGUGUCCGUAUAAAGCAAGGUCAAAGUAUGGGUAGAAUAGAGAGAAUUGUGGUGCUAGAGUAGGGCACAAAGGGUUACUGUAACAUAAGGUAGGGCUAUGUCUAGGUCUAGAAAAGGUUGUUGUAGGGGAUUGUAAGGUAUUUCUAAGGUAGAGUACGAUAAGACAGGGUGUUGUAGGGAAUGGUAUUGAAGGGCACGAUAGGAUAGUAGAGUAGGGCAGGAUAGGGUAGGGUACGGUAGGGUAGGGUAGAGUAGGGUAGGGUAGGGUAGGGUAAGUGUCAAUAUUAGUACCAAUACUGAAACAGUACACAAUUUUAGAUAACAAUCUCCUCACAAUACUCAGUAAUAGCGAUUGGUCGAAUUGGUGAAACUGUAAAUUCUAAAAUUCUCGAUGACAAACCAAUAAUCAUGACAAACUUAAUUUGCGUAUUUUUUAAAAUUGUCACAGAUACAGCUCUAGUAACAUCAUGUACAUCAAUGGUACUGAUUGGAAUUGAAAGAGUAAUUACCAUGGUAUAUCGAAAAGGCAAAGUUGAUGCUAAUGGCUAUAUUGGCAGCGUCAUGCUGAUCUAUGUGGUAAGAGUUUUAUGGUUUUUUGUAAAAUACGGCUUUAUUUUCAAUGUUUUUUCAAUUUUAAGCAAUUUCAAAAAAAAUUUUUUUUAAUUUUAGGUACUGUUCGGCUCUUUUUUCUCAUUAUCAACAUUGUUAUAUGACAUUUUUGUGGCCGAAACCUUUGACUUGCUCAGAACUGAAACUUCAUGCCAAAACUUGUACACACAUCCACUUAUAUUACCCUUGUGCUGGUGUUUUGCGGCUGUGACAUUUGUGGUUGGCACUUUGGUAAGAAAAGUCUUUGCUACAUCUAGUCCUAUCUUACCCUGCUUUGCGUGCCUUGCUCUAUGUUGCGAUAUGCCUUACAUAACAGUAGGUUUUACCGUAAAGUAAGCCCUGCCCUGCAGUAUAACUUAUUAAACCCUACCUUGGCUUGCCUUGCCUUACCCUACCCUGCCCUGCCCUGCCCUGCCCUGCCCUGCCCUGCCCUGCCCUGCCCUACCCUACCCUACGAUAUGCCUUACUUGACAGUAUAUAGGUUUUCCUGUACAGCAAGCCCUAACCUGCCAUAUUCCUUACCCUGCCCUGCCCCUCUGCCUACAGUAUGCUUUACUCUACAGUAUUACUUGCCUUACUCCCCACUGUGCCUUGACCUAGAGUAAUCCUUACACUAUUGUAUGGGUUUUCUUAAUACCGUACCCCAAGGUAUGCCUCAAUUUUCUUACCUUACUGCUUACAGUAAACGUUAGUUUGUAAAGAACCUUUCGUAUUUUACCAUGUCCUACCUACUUUUACUUCUCCAUAUCUUUUUACCCUGCCUUACUUUUUUUUGCCCCACCCUAACUUUUUACCCUACCCCACCGCAUUUUACCACGCCGUACCUUUUGUUAUCCACCGUUUUUUCUUUUUUGACUAUAACCCCCACCCCCUUCUCUUCUCCCUUACCGUAUAUUAACCUAACUGCCAUCCUAAACCAUACUCUUCUAGAUGUUAUACUACGUAUACCAUCACAACAAAGCCAUGAUAGCCAACUACCAAAACUUUGCCAUUCGAUAUCAAUUCAGCGAAAGCAACGAAACCCUCAGGGUGCUUCUACCAGCCGUAGCCGGCUACGGAGUGAUGAUUCUAAUCGGGAGUGGUUUCUCCUUCUACAGUAUCUACACCAUCAUAAGUACCGAGCAAAACUCAUUCGAUGUUCAGAUGACAUUCCAGCUACUGUACAUGUUGGCCGACUUCUAUGGUAUUUACUUUGUACUGUACUUUUUCGUCCGAUUUCGACCGAUGAAGAAGCGACUUCGAAACCAUAUCAGAUGGAUCUUCAAAUUGCCACAGAAUGUGGCCAAUACGAUUAAGCCUAUUGAUAGGGCUGAUGGUCAACAUCAAGCUGAUGAAUAUUUUCAACAGCUGAGUAAUGCUUGGAAUCUUAAGGUAGAAGAGAAGGAGAGAAAAGUGAAAAAAGCAAAGAAAAAUCAAAUAAAAAAUGGGAAAAAAGCGUUUUUGUCGGAAGAACGAUCGACUGUAUAG